AUGUCACCUUGGAUCAACUACAUUGAGCCGUUAAUUAUGGGCCUUUCCCUCAGGCUCACCGUGAUCACUGCGCUCUCUACACUAGCAGCAGCCUGGCUACCCUCAAACAAAACAAUCACCUCAAUCAAUGGAACAAAUCUGUUCUCUUCCUCUAACAAUAAGAUCCGUGGCGUGAACCUCGGAACCCAGUUCGUCUUCGAGCCAUGGAUCGCCAGUUCCGCCUGGGAAAAAAUGGGAUGCGGUGCUGCAGGCGCUAAAUCCGAAUCUGAAUGUGUCAAGGCACUCGGGCAAGCAGAAGCAAACACCACAUUCGCCAAUCACUGGGCCACAUGGAUUACAAAAGAUGAUAUCACCGAGAUUGCCAAGCUCGGACUUAACACUGUUCGCAUACCAGUUGGAUACUGGAUCCGAGAGGAUCUCGUAUACUACUACGAGUCCUUUCCCCAGGGCGGGCUUGAAUACCUUCAAGAGCUUUGUGGGUGGGCUAGUGAUGCUGGUUUGUACAUUAUUAUGGAUCUGCAUGCUACCCCUGGGGCACAAACACCUGAUAACUCUAACACGGGGCAACUGAUCUCUGAGGCUGGCUUCUUUGUGAAUCACCAGUAUGAGCGAGCGUUCAGGUUUCUUGAGUGGAUGACGUCUCUCAUCCACUCUACGACUGAGUUUCGGAAUGUUGGCAUGCUGGAGAUUGUCAAUGAGCCUGUUCGAGAUUCUGCGAUGGAUAUCUCGAUGCGGAAAGUUUAUUAUCCUCAAGCCUUUAAGCGCAUCCGAGCCGCCGAGGCGAAUGCCAACAUUGAAAAAUCUGACUACGUCCACAUCCAAAUGAUGGAUAAGCUCUGGUGGGCUGGUGAGCCGACAGAAUACCUAGACGACACAUACUAUGCCGCAUUCGACGACCACCGCUACCUCAAAUACGCGGAUGUCACCGUUUCCCAGGAAAGCUACCUGAGUACAUCAUGCAGUGACAACCUAGAUGCAAACACACCUACAAUAGUUGGUGAAUGGAGUCUGUCUCCUCCAGAUGAUGUCGAGAAGACGGACGAGUGGGAGGUCUCGUCUAAUCUCGGUUUCUACAAAAAAUGGUUCGCGGCUCAGGCCCUCUCGUAUGAGAAGCAAGAAGGUUGGGUGUUUUGGACUUGGAGGACACAGCUUAGUGACCCUCGUUGGUCCUAUUUCGAUGCUUAUAAUGCUGGGAUUAUCCCGUUGGAUCUGAACACAUUGGAAUCUCCUUGCAAUUAG